AUGGAAAAAAUUAAUCUAGAAACUAAUUCUUUAGUAAAUAAUUUAUCAGAAACAAUUACAACUCCUCGCAAAAAGGAUGAUUUUUAUAUUUUGGCUGAACUUGGGGAAGGUUCAUAUUCUACAGUUUAUUUAGCAUCAGAAAAGACGUCUAGCAAUAAAUUUGCAAUUAAAGUUUGUUCAAAAAGGAAAAUUCAACGAGAAAAGAAGGUUCACCAAAUAUUUCGAGAACGUGAUAUUCUUCGCCUUCUUUCAACCCCGGAACAUUCACAUCCCUUCAUUACCCGCCUUUACUGCACAUUUCAAGAUUCUGAUUGUCUCUAUUUUGUGUUAACUUUGGCAGAGAAAAAAGAUUUGUUGGCAAGGUUAAAAGCUUCUGGUGGGUGUUUAGACUUGGAAAAGACUCGUUUUGUGAUGGCUGAACUUUGCUUAGCUUUGUUACACAUUCAUGAAUUAAAUGUUGUACACAGAGAUGUUAAACCUGAAGAACCACAACAAUCGCCCGAAGAAAGGAGGCGAAAUAAAGAGAAAAGGCGUUGUUCUUUUGUUGGAACUGCUCAAUACGUCAGUCCUGAGAUGCUUAAUGGAGAGCCGUCAACUCCAGCUUGUGAUUGGUGGUCUUUUGGAAUAAUUUUAUUCGAAUUAUUAUCUGGUCAACGUCCAUUUAAUGGAGAAACAGAAUUUCUUUUAUUUCAACAAAUAUUAAAAUUAAAUUAUAAAUUUCCUUCAAAUUUCCCUUCAGAAGAAGCAAAAUAUUUAAUUGAACAAAUUUUAAUUUUAAAUAAAAAUAAAAGAAUUAAUGGACUGAAAAUUAAAGAAAAUGAAUUUUUUAAAGAAAUUAAUUGGGAAAUUUUGACCAAAUUUAAAUCGCCUUUAUUUGAUGUAAAUGAAGAUUAA